UCUCUGAAAACCCUUCAGUUUGCUGCGGUCACGUCGUCGGUCGGUGGAAGAAGAGGAAGAAGGGAAGGGAGCGAUGGUUUCGUUGAAGCUUCAGAAGCGGCUCUCUGCCAGCGUGCUCAAGUGCGGGAAGGGAAAGGUCUGGCUCGACCCCAACGAAGUGAACGAAAUCUCCAUGGCCAACUCCAGGCAGAAUAUCAGGAAGUUGGUGAAGGAUGGUUUCAUUAUCAGGAAGCCAACGAAGAUCCAUUCUAGGUCUCGUGCAAGGAGGAUGAAGGAGGCUAAGAGAAAGGGUCGCCAUUCCGGAUAUGGUAAGAGAAAGGGUACCCGGGAGGCUAGGCUGCCAACCAAGAUCCUGUGGAUGAGGAGGAUGCGAGUCCUGAGACGCCUUCUGAGGAAGUACCGUGAGGCCAAGAAGAUCGACAAGCACAUGUAUCACGAUAUGUACCAGAAGGUGAAGGGUAAUGUGUUCAAGAACAAGCGUGUGCUGAUGGAGAGCAUCCACAAGUCGAAGGCCGAGAAGGCUAGGGAGAAGACGUUGUCGGAUCAGUUUGAGGCUAAGCGUGCUAAGAACAAGGCCAGCAGGGAGAGGAAGCUUGCCAGAAGGGAAGAGCGCUUGGCACAAGGACCUGGUGUGAAGGCCGAACCAACACCUGCACCUCAGACGACCGAGGGAGGAGGCAAGAAAGCCAAGAAGUGAAAAUUUUCUGUUUGGGAGACCAAUAGCUAGCUGACUCUAUGUCAAUGUCUUUUGCCGGUUAGGAGUCUGUUUUUCUUAAAAUGAAUCGUCCUAUGUUUUUUUGGUGAAUUAUCUCCCUUCCAACUCUAUUAGAGUAUGAAAUUUUGGUACUUAUAGACGGUGAUAUCUUUCCUCUCCAGUGGAAUGUGAUAUGUUCAAUGGCUUGUUCUCUGGAUUUGAACUUUCAUGUGAGAUAUCGGUGGAUUGCUCGAGUCGGAUUAUGAUAGCGAAAGUCGUUGUAUGUGUGAAUGGAGAUUGCUUGUGUCUAUCCCUUUGGCAUCAAGGUUGCGUUUGGUUCAAUCAGACUAGAAAUUUGUGAUAAUGUUGAUUUGUAUAUUGUAACCGUGCUUAGGUUGUAUUGUUAAGUAGCUUCGAUUGGUCAGUUGCUUGCAUUUGCUUUUUUGCAAGACGAAUCGUCUACUUCCAGAGGAUCUUAUACUGAAUAAAAUUAUCAGUCUAAUGAAUUUAGGAAUCUUGCCAUUGAUAGUUUGUUUUUAAAGUUGGGAAAGUGGAGUCUUUGCAUGAAUAAAAUUACUUGUUGUCGUUGUGAUUGCGGUGCAGUGUUUUGUUAUCGUCCUGAUUUCAGUUGAAUUCACUUAUGAGUUAUGACAAUUGAGGUACAACCACUAACAUGAAAAUAGGAAAAAAUAAACACGUUUACUUCUUUAGGUCUUGUUUUGUAUCUUUGUAAGUAUGGAAGUUACUUAAAGCGAUUUCAUUAGUUUCGGCUAAUUUCUGUUGGUUGUGUUGUCACAACAAUGUAUGAAAAUAGAACUACGCACGUUUCGAGUAUUUAUUUUAACCAGUUAUAAGCAAAGAGCAUGGCAGAGAGUGCACGAUAACCCAACUUAUCUAGGUGUACAUGGGCCAAACUUUGGGUCAAGUGAAGCCAACUUGACAUUCCUUUUUCUGGCAGCUCAGAUAGAGCAAGGGCAACCUUUGAGUCUAAACCACACUCAUUAGCUUUGUCUGGGAUAGGGAUGGCAACAAAAUCCGAACCCACGGGUACCCACCCGACCCAACCCGGUCAACGCGGGUAAAACCCGUGUUGACGGAUUUUGGGCCGGGUUCGGGUUUAAACCCGCUACACUAUUUACCGGUUUGGGUUGGGUUUGGGUUAGGUAAACCCGCCCCAUGGGUACCCACUCAACACAUAUAAUUAAUUUUUCGGUAUAUUUAAUAUUCCAAAUAAUAUAUCUUCCUUAAACAACUAAUUUUUUUAUGUUUGUGGAGACAUGUAUAAUUUGUUCUUUCUAAUUGUUUAGAAUGAAGUUGAUAUUAUGAAGUGAAGAGUGAAGAAACUUAGUUGACGAGGAAGAAGUUUUCAAUUAAUCUUAUUGUUUGUAGAUGUUUAUCUUUAAUUUUGAACAAUUUGUAUUGAUCAUUUGCGGUUUGCUUGUAUGCUCUAGAUUGGUGUUUUUUGUAUGAAUAAUUUGUAUGAGAAAAUUGAUGUUAAACUUUUAUUUUGAAAUAAACUUGUUAUUGUAAAUUUUUUACCACAAAAACCCACGGGUACCCAUGAACCCGUGGAUACCCAACGGGUUGGGUUGGGUUUGAGUUUUUCUAACCCAGCGAGUUUACCCCGGGUUUUUUUGACGGAUAUACCCAUGGAUUUAGGUUUGGGUUGACAAAACCCGCCCCAACCCGACCCAUUGCUAUCCCUAGUCUGCGAUGACUGAAUAUUGAUUUUAGUAACAACUUUGGUUUAGCUCCUGUGCCAUUUGAAAUGAACGGUUCAUGUUGUGAGCUAAUUGAGACUGUUCUUAAUGUUAACGGGCUGGUUUGGAAGUUGGGAUUUCAGAUGAUGUAUUUAGCCAAUACAUGUAAUCAGAAGAAUUCAUCGUUUUUUUGGCCUAAAAUGAAACAGAAUGCUUGUA